AUGGACAUCAAAUGCUCGAAGCAGCAACACUCUAAUGUGGUCAUCAUUGGCGAUGCUGCCUAUGCUGUACAGCCGUUCUACGGCCAAGGGUUGAAUGCCGGUCUGGAGGAUGUUCGGAUCCUCUUCGACUCAUUGGACCAGCUGCAAGCACACCGCUUGGGUGGUAUUCUCUUAACUUCAUUCAAUUUUAUUCCAUUGUUUCGUGAAAUCAUUGCAUAUAUGUUCAAUCCAAAGAUGACAAGGCUCACGGAUGGCGAACAAGAUAUUCUCAAGCAACCCAGCGCGGACCUCCAGGCAGCGAAUGAUGCGCACCUAGACAAUCAGAAUAAGGGAAGUUCCGCUGUAUUGACAUAA